AUGGCGGGGCCAGCCACACAGGAGCAUCCGAAGUCCCAGCAGAAGUGCAUUGCAAUCUUUGCCCUGGUGUGCUGCUUCGCUGUGCUGGUGGCACUGACCUUCUCAGCUGUCGACGUGUGGGGUGACGAUGAGGACGGUAUCACAGAGGAGAACUGCAGCACAGACUGUCGAAUUGUCCUUGUGGAGAAUAUUCCAGAUGACCUCCAUCUCCAUGCAGAGAGCAGAUCACACCUCCCUCUCUCUGUGGGCUUCCACAAUCUGUUAGAACUCGCAAAACACUCAGUUGAGGUGGUGUCACCUGUGUGGGACCUAAACCCCUGGGAUGUGGAAACAUGGCCUAACACUGCUGAACAGGGUCAGCUCCUGUUCCAGCGAUUACUCAGUCUGAAAUCUCGUGGGAUAAAACUGAAGAUUGCCAGCAGCCUAACUAACUCUGCUGAAUUGAGGACCUUGGCAGACCACGAUGCAGAUGUUCGUUUUGUUAACAUGUCAGCCUUCACUAGGGGAGGAUUAUUUUCUUCCUUCUGGAUAGUGGAUCGUAAGCAUGUGUACAUCGGGAGCGCUGAUAUGGACUGGAGGGCAUUCUCCAAGAGAAAAGAACUUGGGGUGAUGGUGUUCAAUUGUAGCUGUCUGGCACUGGACCUCCACCGAGUCUUCGCUUUCUACUGGCAGCUCCAUCACAGAGACUACAUCCCCUCCAUCUGGUCCAAAAGAGUCACAGCACUCUACAACAAAAAUAAUGCCCUUGAGCUGCAGCUGAAUGCCACAUGGGCCACUGCUUAUUUAUCUACCUCUCCUGAGCUCUUCUGCUCUAAAUAUCGAACCAGAGACAUAGAUGCCAUCCAUCGUGUCAUCCAGAGUGCAGAGAAAUUCAUCUACAUAUCUGUAACAGACUACCUCCCGCUGGUAAACAGGACCUCUAAUGGAACCAUAGUCACAAGAUACUGGUCCUCCAUUGACGAGGCGAUCAGAGACGCUGUGGUGCUCAGAGGAGUGAGAGUGCGCUUGCUGAUAAACUUUUGGAAGCAAACCCACCCGCUCACCUUUAACUUUGUGACUUCACUCAAAUCCCUGUGCACACAUUUGCGCAACUGCUCAGUGGAGGUGAGGUUUUUCAGUAUCAAGGACCAGAAUGAACAUGGACUUAACCACAACAAGUACAUGGUGACUGACAAUGCUGUUUACAUUGGGCACCAUGCCUGGGUGGGGAGUGACUUCACUUUUAAUGCAGGGGUAGGGCUGGUCAUUAAGAUUACACACGCCCUUAAAGAAAAGGGGGUUACAAUACUGGAGGAUGUUCAAGCUGCUUUUGAGAGAGACUGGUGGUCCCGUUAUGCCAAGAGCCUAAAAGGAAGUAAGAUCCAAGAGGAAAAAUACAGAAGUCCGCAGCAAGUCGAAAAGUCAGAUGAAUACCGGGGAAGGAAAGAGUGGUACAAACCUUCAUGA